AUGUUGCGUCUCACGUCCUACAACAUCUGGAUCGUUCUCGCUUCGGCACUGGGGGCAUAUUCCUAUGGCUUCUCGUUCGCGGUGUUUGUCACAUCUAUUGGAGAGCCUGGAUUCUUUACUUUCUUCAAGUUGAACCCCGCAUCCAGCAAGACAGCCUCCAUCCUAGGCGCCAUCAGUGCAUUAUUCUGUGCUGGAGCCGCAUUUGGAGCUAUUCUGCAAGGCUGGACCUCCGAUCGCUUUGGUCGACGAAUCUCCCUUGCGAUCGGAGGCGCCAUCGCUACGGUGGGAACGACCGUCGUUGCCGCAGCCUGGAACAUUCCCAUGCUAUUUGUCUUCCGCUUCAUUACUGGCUUAGGAGUGGGCCAAUUGUUGGCACUGGUUCCCCUCUACAUUGCAGAAGUGGCUCCGCCGCAUCGAAGAGGCCUCCUCAGCGCCGCCACUGGUUGCAGCUUCUCCCUGGGCUACCUCUCCUCCGCCUGGAUUGGUUAUGGUUGUUUUUUCACCACCAACGAUGUCGUCCAGUGGCGUAUGCCCUUAUGCUUGUGUCCUAUUGCACCUCUCGGCUUGGUCAUCGCAUGUUACUGGAUUCCUGAGUCUCCGAGAUGGCUGAUAUGGAAUGAUCGGCUGGACGAGGCAUGGGUUGUCAUCCAGAAAGUACACCAUGACCUUUCCGAUCCCAGAGACACCGCAGCACAUGCCGAAUUCAUCCAAAUCAAGGCGCAGGUCGAACAUGAUAAGCAAUUCAAGGCUACUUACCUUAAAAUGUUCACACAUCCUUCAUGGAGAAAACGAACCUUACUGGCCAUACUGGUCAUUUUUGCCGUAGGGUCAGCCGGCAUUAAUGGCAUCACGACCUACCUGAUCUUGGUGGCGCAGUCUAUAGGCUUCACCGGAUCCAAGGCUCUUUUAUUGUACGGCAUCUAUGUCAUCAUUGCUGUUGGCUUCAAUUUCGUGAACGCAGCAGUAAUCGACAAAGUGGGAAGGAGACCAUUGAUGCUUAUUGGAUUGGCCUGGUGUUCAUCAUGCCUGCUUGCAACGUCCCUCCUCAUCUGGAAAUUUGCUGAAACGCCCAACAGCGCAGCGAACAAGGCGACAAUCUUCUUCAUCAUGAUGUAUGCAUUUGGCGUUGGCAUGUUCAUCGACCCGACUCAGUUUGUCAUUGUCUCAGAAAUAUUUCCCACUACGAUCAGAGCGAAAGGUCUUACUGUCGCUCUGUUCACCUACUUCGUCACUACAAUUAUCUACACUGCCGGUGCCCCUACAGCCUUUGCAAAUAUCGGUUGGAGGUACUACCUGGUCUUUGUCUGUGUGACCGUCGCUUGUAUGGUUGCCUUAUUCUUCAUGUUACCCGAGACGACUGGGAAGACCUUGGAGGAGAUUGGUGCACUUUUCGGCGAUGAGGUUGUGGUCCAUUUUGCACAAGAUGGACACGGACUUGUCGAAGUUGACGCCGAUACCGCCUUCGCCUUGAAGAACGAAACUAUUCACGUUGAGAAGAUCCCUAGCGCCAAAGGUCAGGGCGAGCGAGCUGGUGCCUCGAAAGAAGAAACUGCUGCAUGAGAGUAUGACGGGAGGGCAGCACAACGGAUGUGACACAGUCAGGACACAUAUUUGCCUUCAGUGAAAAAGGUAGCGACCCGGCCACUUCUAUCGGGCAGGCCGAGAACGUUAGUCCUUCGGGGGUUCAUAUAGCAAACGGACUCCCUGGAAAUGUUGGGUGAGAAAUAGAGACAUCCGAGCUGGAUCGUGUUGUAUCCAUAGCCGCCAUAGCUUGCAGGAGUAGCAAAAACAACCCCGGUUGUGACGUUAAUUCCGACAGCCCACAUGAAGACCAGGAAAUAUAAGAUGGCAAUCAAUGUGAAAUGUGGUUGCAGAAUCACGAAGAGUAGUUCGCGGUAUGUCGCCGAAACGGUGGAGAAGUAUCUUUUGUGGUGUUGGAUU